UGCGACUCUGGAGAGAUUAGCAACUGACUGUUGCUUUUUUCGGGGGAUUCUUUUGGGAGUACAUUUUAGAGUAAUACUUGACAUUAUUAAUGUUGUUUACAGAUAGUAUUUUACACAUGCGUCUGAGGCUCGUCUGAAACUCACAGCCUGGGGAAAUGACAUGUCAGCGGCUAAACUUAAUGCUGGAAUUCUUGAACUCGAUUGCAACGUCUGUGCUGCCGCUGCACUGAAGGCGACGGAGUGAACAGCAACAGCCAACUGAAGUUUAUUACUGUUCCUCGAUAAUAAAGAGGGACGCUUUUCUUUUUUGCGCGGUUAUUCGACGCCAUAGCACGGUUAACGGUCUCGGAAAGGUUUGAAAUGCAAGACGUACUCAUCCAGGGUGUUUGCAUCGUUAAAGGACAUGGAGCACGGAGAGGGACCGUCUGAGUCGCAGUGAUUAACUCUUAUUCAGGACCUUGGCUUCAUCAAACCACCGCCACCAGAUUUGAGCAACUAAAUGUAAAGGAUCGUUUGGUCCAAGCUACUAUGGAUAUCUUUCCCCGGCCCAGCGGUGAAAUCCAGAGGAGGAACCCCCAGCAUGACUUUGAGCUCAUUCAGCGGGUGGGAAGUGGCACAUAUGGAGACGUGUACAAGGCCCGAAACAUAAAAACUGGGGAGCUCGCUGCUGUGAAGAUCAUAAAGUUGGAACCAGGGGAUGAUUUUUCCAUCAUACAGCAGGAAAUCUUCAUGGUGAAGGAAUGCAUGCACCACAAUAUUGUGGCCUACUUCGGGAGCUACCUCUGUCGAGAGAAGCUUUGGAUAUGUAUGGAGUACUGUGGUGGAGGAUCUCUGCAGGACAUUUAUCACGUGACAGGACCUCUUUCAGAGCUUCAGAUAGCGUAUGUCUGCAGAGAGACCUUACAGGGUUUGGGCUAUCUGCACAGCAAGGGCAAAAUGCACCGUGACAUCAAGGGUGCCAAUAUUCUUCUCACAGACAACGGAGAUGUGAAGCUAGCUGAUUUUGGAGUUGCAGCCAAAAUAACAGCCACCAUUGCUAAAAGAAAGUCCUUCAUCGGAACACCUUAUUGGAUGGCUCCAGAAGUAGCAGCAGUGGAGAAGAACGGUGGCUACAACCAGCUGUGUGAUAUCUGGGCCGUUGGCAUCACGUCCAUAGAGCUGGCCGAGCUGCAGCCUCCAAUGUUCGACCUACACCCGAUGAGGGCUUUGUUUUUGAUGUCGAAGAGCAGCUUCCAGCCUCCGAAGCUAAAAGACAAAAACAAAUGGUCCACUGCCUUCCAUAACUUUGUUAAAGUGUCCCUGACAAAGAACCCAAAGAAGAGGCCAACUGCAGAAAAACUUCUCUCGCAUGUGUACAUGGCCCAGACAGGUUUGACAAGGAGGCUCGCUGUUGACCUUCUAGACAAGAUGAACAACCCAGACAACCACCAGCAUUACAGUGAGGUGGAUGAUGAUGACCUCGAGCCCCUCUCUGCAGUCAGACACACGAUCCGCUCCACCAACAAACAAGCCAGAGCUGAGAGGACGCGCUCAGAGCUGGACUCAAACAAUGGGACAGACCAAGGAGGGCCAUGCUCAAGUCCUAGCUUCACUGAGGGACACAGGGGGGACGCAGUCGACAAGCUCCAGUUUGAACCACCACUCCGGAAGGAAACUGAAGCACAUUCUGAAAUGGAUGUGAGUAAAGAUAAUGACUUCCCUUCCCCCUGGAGUCCCUUUGCAGAGGGAGGAAUAACAACCAGGGGACACAUCGCCCACCUUGAAGAUGCCUUUGAAGAAGUGGAGCUGUCAACCCUCAAGCCAGGUGUUCCUCCUCCUCUGCCUCCAAAGCCGCGUUUAAACAGCUCGUCAGAGGAGCUUGGCCUUAAUGAUGAGAGGUCUCUGACGGUUCGGAGGUUCCCCAACUCUGAGAACGGACAGAACCAGGUGGCUCGCAGACAGAGCACACCUGAGCAGGGCCACAAGGGAGACCACUCGUCCUCAGAUUUCCUCUCUGCCAGCGUCAGCAGCCCCGGCCUUUUGUCUCACGCUUCUGAUCCUGAUAACGAUUCAGACGACAGUGUGAAUGGAGGCAGUCCCAAGCCACCACCCAACCGACAGCACCAGAAGGAGAAGAAGGAAUUCCCUAAACCAGCUAUCAACGGUCUGCCUCCCACUCCUAAAGUACUGAUGGGAGCCUGUUUCUCUAAAGUGUUUGAUGGCUGUCCACUGAAGAUCAACUGUGCCACAUCGUGGAUUCAUCCUGACACCAAAGAUCAGUACCUAAUCUUUGGGACAGAGGACGGCAUCUAUACGCUGAAUCUCAACGAGCUGCAUGAAGCCACAAUGGAGCAGCUCUUUCCAAGGAAGUGUACUUGGCUGUACGUUAUCAACAACAACCUGAUGUCUUUAUCUGAAGGGAAAACCUUCCAGCUCUACUCCCACAAUCUCAUCGGGCUGUUCGAGCAGCUGAAGAAGCCCGGCCUGGCUGCUCAGUUCCAGACUCACCGCUUCCCGGACAAAAUUUUACCCAGGAGGUUUGCCUUGACAACUAAGAUCCCCGACACAAAGGGCUGUCACAAGUGCUGCAUUGUGAGAAACCCAUAUACAGGCCACAAGUAUUUGUGUGGUGCGCUGCAGUCUGGGAUUGUCCUGUUGCAGUGGUAUGAACCCAUGCAGAGGUUUAUGCUCAUCAAGCACUUUGACUUCCCUCUUCCCAGCCCGCUGAAGGUGUUUGAGAUGCUGGUGGUCCCGGAGCAGGAGUAUCCCCUGGUGUGUGUGGCCAUCAGCCAGGGCUCAGAGCCAGGCCAGGUGGUCCGCUUUGAGACCAUCAACCUAAACUCCUGCUCGUCCUGGUUCACAGAGAUGGGGACAAGUAAUCAGCAGGUGGAUGCGAUCCACGUCACCCAGCUGGAGAGAGACACUGUGUUGGUGUGUUUGGACCAAAAUUUGAAGAUUGUUAAUCUCCAGGGCAGAUUGAAGUCCAACAAGAAGCUGGCAUCAGAGCUCAGUUUUGACUUCUGCAUCGGAUCUGUUGUGUGCCUUCAGGACAGCGUCCUGGCCUUCUGGAAACACGGCAUGCAGGGAAAGAGCUUCAAGUCUAAUGAGGUGACGCAGGAGAUUUGUGAUCCAAGCAGAGUCUUCCGCCUCCUCGGAUCUGACAGGGUGGUGGUUUUGGAGAGCCGACCCACCGACAACCCCACGGCCCUGAGCAACCUCUACAUUUUAGCAGGUCACGAGAACAGCUACUGAGCCUCUCUCCCAGAUCGGGCGGUUCAUAGAAACAUGGAUAAGAUGCCUCAGUUUUGGGAGAAAACUCCAGACUUUCACCGAAGCCUCCGCGUCGAGGGAAACGUCUGGUUUCAAACCGUUUUUGUUACUGAUCACGGGAUCGACCGGUCAGUAAAAGAGGAGCCUCUUCAGUCCGGAUUCAUGAGUAGCCUUACACCAGCAACACGUUCACUGUGGCGACAAGCAAACCGUCACGAGCAGAAGGUGGAGAAGCGAGAAACGCUCAAAUGAACAUUGUUGCUUAGCAUUUUCCUCACUUUGCUGUACUGUGGAAUGAGUUACAAACAAGUUAUCUAGAGGUAUUAUUGACAAAAGUGCCAUUAAAAUUCACAAGAAUUUGUGAUUGUAUUAGCAAACAAUGGGAGAUGUGUUGUUCUUAUCUGUAACGUGUUGCUCAUAAUCACUGCCAGUGAUAAACGUUAUUAGGCUUGAGAGGAAGUUUCUCUGUAGUCAAACUAAUAGAUGAGUUUAAGCAGAAACCCAUGAGCAUUGUGGGUUAUUUAAGCAAUAUUUAUUAACCUCAUGUUAAGUAAUAGGGUAUGUUUGAUUUACAGACCAUGUUAACAGACAGAGACUGUGCAGUCCUGCUGUGUGAGGAUUAACUACCUAAUGAACAGGUCCUGAGCAGCUUUGGGUCAUUUUUACUGCUUUGUAAUAUAGUCGCAUCUCUCCUGCUCUGCUGCAUUUUUAGAAGUUGGAUAUAAUGUACAUUGUUUUUCUUUACCCUCCUCUUUUAUAGACCUUUUACUUCUCAUUAUUUGCACCAUGUAAGCACUUUUGUACAUUUUUUUAUUUAAAAUAAAAUGACAAAAUGAGGGACAAUGCUAGGUUUUGUUUUAACAUCUUUGCAUUCCCUUCGCGAAACGUUUAAUGUAUGCUGUUUUUGUAAUAAAAGAGCUGUUGUUAACAAGAUAA